GUAUAACAAAUAUACCCAUACGCAGAAGCGUCAGUCGUAAAAGAUCGAUCGUUUAUAAUAGAAGCACCCCAGUUGUCGUAAUAAGUUUGUUUGGUGGAAAAGUAAGCCCGUCCGUGAUGAAUUUUAAUUUAAGUUUACUGCUCCUGUACGCUCUGCUGGCGAUUUUGGCGCCUCACCAUUGUCAAGCCAAAUCGCUAGGAAAGGCGGAGGAUGAGUUGCCACGAUACAAGCGACAAUUCUCGCUCAACUUUGGUGCCACCCACGAGGACGGAUACGGAACGGACGUUAAUGCGGAAGCGAUCGCCAGCCUGUGGAAAAGCCAGAGCGGCAACACUAAGCUGGAUGGAUCGGCUAGCUAUACGCAGCAUUUCGGUGGCCUGUCGGGCGAUGGUAAAGCGCGCAUUAGUGGACUGUUGACUUUCACGCACGGUUACUGAACCUGUCCCUUUCGUCAUGGCCCGCUCCUUGGUGGCUGUGCUACAGGGCGCGAUUAUAGGUUGAAGCUGAAGGUAGUUUUCACUCGGUAGAUGGAACUUAAAGCGAUGGAACAGUAGUAGCAGCAGCAGCAGUCAUCAUGGCGCUAUAUAAUCGUCGGAGGAAUUAAACCACACGUUUUACCUACUCUUCA